GUGUUUUCAAUAUGGCAUCCCUCAUAGCUGAUUGAGUUUAGCAAUCAAAAUGGUAAAAACGCUGCUACGCAUUACGUUUUAAAGAGUAUUUCGAGUAAGACGAUGAAACUGAUGCGUGUUACGGGGAAACACGCCCAGAAUCGACAUUUCUACAAACGUCUCGGUCGUUACCUGGGCUCGUCCUGGGCCGACUUGACAGCCGCCGGGGACGCGGCGCUGGUGGUCGGGUCAAGCCGGCAGCUGGUGCGGAGACUCGGGCCACAGGUGGAGGUGAGGACGGCCUUCAUCACCGAGGAGGAGGAGGGUGCUUUGCUGCGGGAACUGGAACCUGGAUUGAAGAAGAAACGCUACGAGUUCGACCACUGGGAUGACGCUAUUCAUGGAUACAGAGAAACCGAGCGUGCGACAUGGGGGGCAGCAUGUCAGAAUAUCUUGAAUCGUGUCCGAUCUGUCGCGUUUGAGGCCGGUAGCUCUCUUCUGGGGCCUGUACACGUCCUAGACCUGGACAAGGCGGGCUACAUCAAACCUCACAUUGACAGUGUGAAGUUCUGUGGCAGCACCAUCACCGGGUUGAGUCUCCUCUCGGAUAGCGUCAUGCGCAUGGUCAAAGAAGACGCUCCCAGUGAGUGGCUGGACCUGCUGCUGCCCCGACGCUCCCUCUACAUUCUCAGGGACCAGGCCAGGUAUGACUUCACUCAUGAGAUCCUUAAAGAUGAAGAGUCUGUGUUUAACGGACAGAAAGUGCCUCGGCAGCGGCGAAUUUCAGUUAUUUGUCGGAACCUUCCGGAUUAAAACCUACAGCAGCUCCCCUGGGAUGUUAGUGCCACUUUUUUCAUUUAUUAAAGAUGGUGUCCUUGCUGUUAAACAGCUUUAUAGACAUCUGAGAAUAGAACUAUUAUCUAUUACUGGAGGUAUCACGGUCCAUAUAUUUAUGGAUUGUAAACAGGCUCCUUCACAAAACGAUUCAUCCAAGACCAAAAUAGUUAAUGGAUUAAUCAUCAAGAAAUAGUUGCAGCUCUAGUUAUUUUUAAAUACAAUUUGAAUUAAUGUGAUAUGGGCGCCCAUUUCCACCACGGAAAGAAAAAAAAUAUCUCAAAGGGAAGCCAUACAUUAUGAAGUGCGCAUGUGCUGCCUUCAUUGGAGCCUACGUCACAUGCGUGGUUUCUAUCGCAUUUUGACCUUUUAUUAAGUCUGACUUUUUAUAGAUCUCAUAAUUGUGACUUCAUCUCAUAAUUAUAUGUAAAUGAUAGCUUCUGUACCUCAUAAUUUCGAUGUUCUAAUAAACGCCGAUUAGAAUAGGACCCUUGCACAGACUGGGUGCUCGGGCCCUAAUAAUCCAGGAUGACCAGUAGGUGGCAGCAGCUCAUUACCUUUUAAAAAUAAACCUUGCACAUUUAGAAGCGCGGUAAAGGGUUGCACAACCUGUUAAUGGUGUUAAAGUUGGAAACACUUGAGUCAUUGUUGAGUUUGUACUUAGCAUUCAAAUGGCACAUUUGAAUUAAUAUUUGCAUGAAUCAUUCAACCGGUUUUGUGAGUCUGCUCGUCCAAUGCGAGGAUGACCUGCGGCUUAUUUGUGGCCAGUUAGGACAAUGUAUGAAAUAAUAUGAUCACAUGGGAGUCAGUAAGUGUUGUUUAAUUUUGACACAUCCUAUGCAUGGUCAGUACACCUACAAGCACCCACUAAACUAAUCCUAAAGCCAACCAACUAAUAGAAAUGCCUUAUAUACAAGCAAUGCCAUACUUUAUUAGAAAAUAAUCUAAACAGAACAAAUUAGUUCUGACAUGGUGACCGUAUUUGUCACCAAAAGAAAGAAAAAAAGUUGCUUAAUGAUACACUUGACACCUCAUGUGGAGAUGGUCUCCUGAGUCGGUAUCAUGUCACAAUAAGAAACUAAACACCUUCACUAAGCCCUCCAUCUCCUGAUGUUCUCCUUUUACUCCGUGAGAUAAAAGUGCAUUUUGUCGUUCACGUUUUUACGCUCCGGAUUGAGGCGUUUCAGAAUCUGCGCCAGCACGUUGACCGUCUUCUCGCUGCUCAGGCCUGUGCGCUUGGUCUGGAACUUCUUCAGCAGGUCUUUGGUCGUCAUGGGUUUCCGGAUGAGGUAGCGGCGGACCGCUUCUUCUGUUAGCUGCACAUCACUGUCAGACAGGAGAGAGGAGUUUUAGCCACUGAGAGUAACUCGUAACAAUGAGAAGAAUGACUAGUAACAGUACCUGGAGCUGGGAGUAGAUUUGCCUGACGGGGGCUGAGGUGUACUUUUCCCGGAGGGAGCAGGACUCUGACUGCUGGGUUCCAUCUUGAGCCUUUUGGCAGCUGGCGAGUCAGUACCUGGACCUUGAGACUGUCGUUUACCUGUUGGAAAAAAGGAUUGGUGCACCCUUACACAGUAGAGUAGAAUACACUCCAUUUAACAAUGGAAAUAUGCCCCCCCCCCCCCGAGUUUCUAUCCUCAUAACAAUAACAAUAUAGUAUUUUGACCCAAAUAUAAGACAACUCUUACUUGAACUAUGUUUUCAAUAUCAGUAAAAUAACUGGUAAUGGUGCUCCACAAUGAUGUUUCAUCACCAUUAUCUUAAAAGUAGCACAAUUCCUCCUCUUUUGUCUUCUCAGACAAAAGGAAGCUGUUAAAGGAGAACCAGCUCCAAUGUUUUUCCUUCCUGGAUGUAUAAGAGCUAGGAGUUCCAUGUAAUGUACUCGCGCACCUUGCUCAAGCUUGUUAGCAGCAGCGCGGAGUGUGUUGGAGGUGGCGGCAGUGUCUAUGGACGGCGUCCCCGGGCGGCUGCCUGUCCGGGAGCUUCCCGCAGAGCCCCGCCCGCCUCCACGUUUCGGUGGCGUGCGCUUCUUCUACGAGAGGGAAGAUUGAUGGUCAAUGAAAAAUGCCCAAAAAAACAAAACCAUCAACCUAAAAAUAUUACAAUUACUAUCACGUAAAGACACACACAUUCUUCCACACACACACUAACCACCAUGAACAAAGCAGAGGCCGUGUCGCCCUCGAUGUCACUGUCGUCCGAGCUGUCUGACUCUCCGCUGCUGUCUGUGCCACACACACACACACGACCAUUUCACAUUAAGCUUUUAUUUAACACGCUCAUAAGCCACAAUGUUAGGUACAUCUGCUAACAAAACCCAAAGGGCUGUAUAAUAAAAUGUAUUACUUUAAUGGAUUCAUCAUACUCAAAGGUGUUACUAGCACUGUAUUGGCAAAUAUAAGAUGGUAUUUUUCCCCCUGAAAUCUUAUAUUUACUUUAUUAAAUGAAUUGAAUUAUUUUAUUAAUGAAAUGAUUGAACAGUUAUUAUAUACAAACAUACUUAUUUGCUCACAUAAUGCACAGCGAACAACUUCUUGUCUGUCUCCUUUCUUCUGCACGUACUCCUUAGACUGUGCAGGAGAUGCUAACUUUCAGUGUUUAUUUAAUUUAUUUUAUUAAUGAAAGUAUUCAAGAAUUAUCAUGUACAAAAGGUACUUAUUUGUUCAUAAAACAGAACUUCCCGUCUGUCUCUAUUUGCACUGUACUCCCUGCGCUGUGCAGGGGUUGCACUUUAUUCUAACGUAUUUUAUUUGGCUAUAAUUUUUUUUUUAUAUAUAUAUAUAUAUUUAAAAGACAGAAUGUUCUUUUAUUGUUUAUUAGUGUCAACAUUUCAGCUUCCCUUUACAUUUUCCCUUUUUGCUCUAUUUUUCCCUUUUUCUGCUUUAAUUUUAUUUCUAUGAUAUGUCGUGGGCCACAUGUUGGACACCCGUGCUUUAAAGUAUAUGUACCUUUUUUCUUCUUCUUCUCCAUCUGUGCCGGUGUUUUCUUCCCUUCCUCCUCCUCUUCCUCCUCCUUUACUUCUUCCUCGUUCUGUUUCUCCUCCUCGCUCUCUUCCUCACUUUCAGAAGCCUCGUCGAUGCCUAUAAAUAUAUAUAUAUAUUUUUUUAAGUCAGCACACACCUGACAAUGACGACGCAAGAAUGAACCAUCAUAAUAAACUAGUGUCACCUUUAGGAAGAUCUUCUUCUUUGUUGGGUUUUCCUUUUGGGUUUUCCGGCUCAUCCUCAGAACUGCUCAGGGAAGACAAAAUGACGUCAAUCAUACGUCGGAAUAACAGGUUAUGUUUGGUUUGCAACCAAGCUGCAGCUCUGACCUGCUUUCAUCUGACAUGUAAUCCACCUCAAGCCCUUCAUAGUCACCAUCAUCGCUAUCUUCCAAAGCCUCCUUGUCACUGCCCUUCCUCUUCUUCUUUGCUUUGCCUUUCCCCGUGUCAGCCUUUACUUUUGCUUUGCUUUCUCCAUCUAAGGAAACAGGGAUGGCUGGAAGUAGAAAAAGUUCUCCUUCUUUGCAAUCUGAGUGUUUUCCUCCUUGCCUUCGGCCAUACUGUUGUCACUGUCGUCGCUGCUCAUGUCCAGGUCGUCUUCCAGGUCGUGGAUGCGCAGGUCGCCCCCGCGCCCGCCGCUUUUCUUUUUCUUCUUGCCCGGUUUCUCGCUCUCCUCCUCGUCUUCGUCGCCACGCUCCUGCUCGCGCAGACGUCUCUGAAGCAUGAUGCUGAAGUGAUUCACCACCUUGUUCCGCCUGAAUGUAGGAAAUGUGUGCAACAGAGAACUCACUGGCUCGUGGGAUCCAACGAAAGGGGCACCGCUUUUCAUGCUUUUCUGCCUUCUCACAGUCUCACAGUUACAUGCUAGACAACCACAAUAGUGCAGUGUUAAAUGAAUACCUCGCUAACAAUGUCAUUCAAUUACUGCCUUUGUUAGGGCAAGAUUUUAGACUCACUGCGCAGGUGUACCUAAUCUAGUGUCUGUUUAGACUUCAGUUUUAUAGCCUCUUGUCGCUUCAGCAUGACUACAGUUAAUAAACAAAUGUUUUAUGUUUAUAUAAUGUAUAUAAAGUAAUCCAUUGUAACUUUUACAGCAUCACUAUCACGGUUUUUCCUAAAUACAUUCAUAAAUCAUGCUGUUCAUUGGUUGAAUAAUAAAAAAAUAUGCAUAGUUAAACAAAUUUUAUAUAUAUUUUUUUGCCUAAAUUAAGCACCUUCAAGCAUAAAAAUGGCUGAACGAACUAAAAUACAAAUAUAAGGCAUUCAGAAGAUGCAUUCAAAGACGCUGUGAUAUGUAGUAUUCAACACUGGUCACCAGGUGUCAGUAAUGUUACUGUAAUGUUCGGUGAGACACACAAGCACCAGACUUGAUUGCUGGAAAAAAAUGAAAUAAAAUAGUUUUUAUUUCAGGUUUGAAUGAUCUCACAACAGGCACAAUAAUCCCUAACACUGGCUACUUCUGUGGCUGUAACCCACACCAAGCUAAAACUCGACUCUGAGCCCCCGACAUCACUUCCUGUCCUCCCCCCACUCAGCUCCCCAAACACUGGAACACAUUUAGAGCGACACACACGAGCACAAGUAUUAUUUUUGUCUUAUUUUCCCUUAUUACAGUAUGUCUACUAUGUUGGGUAAUACCAGUGUAAAGGUGACUAUAGGGAUGUUAUUUCAUGUCUAGAGCGUUCUAAUAAUGUUAAAACCCAUAUAGGUUGUAAACAAGUUUUCUAUGCUCUCACUACGAAAAUAUUACAUUUAUAAAUAAGGAAACAUACUGUGAGGAAAUUAAUUUAUCACAGUCGGGUCUGGUAACCAAUUAACAGUGAUAAACGAGGGAUUACUGUACUGUAUACACAUACACACACUCACCUGCCCCACUCCUCUUCGGCCUCCUCGGCAGUGAGAGUUCUGUGCUUAGCCUGUGGAGUAAAGUUGUACCAGCCGUGAACGGGGAAAGCUUCGAAGGCCCCAUCAGCACACUGCGUAAAGAUGUAGUAGGACGCAUUUUCUGUGACGCCCCCCUUCUUCAGACCUUUAAACCUAACAGACACAGCGAGAAAGGGGUUCAGCUCUUUUCCACUUUCACGUUGCCAGUGAAAAAGAAAAACAUUUAACAGUCUCUCACACCACACCUCUUGCCGGCCUUGCCGUUGACUUUCAGGAUCCACGGCUGGUCCUCUACUUUAAACUCGCGCGUCACAAUGCCGAACUUCUUCCGACGCGCCUCCUCACGCUGCUUUUUGCCAAACUCACUGCCAGCUGCGCCCUCCGGUGUCUCCUCUUCGCCGUAAAUCUUCCGAGCACUCAUGUCCCUCUCCAUGCGAGCCUGAGCGAAGAGGUUCAGGCGUGGAUUAUUAAAAGAUAUUCAACACAAUCAUUUGUCUUGAUUAUUUGUUAGAUAUGCAACCACGUUCACAUGACAAUUACAUGUGUCCAUGUUGAACAGUUGACUUUAUCUCCUGCAUUGAAAGCCAUUAUGUUGUACUUCUUGCUGGUAUUUCUAUGAAAGAUAAGCAAAAAAGGUG